UAAUUGAAUUUUUCAUAAUUGUUUUGUUUCUCUUAUAUAAAAUGUAAUAGAUAAAAAAUGGUCAACAUAAGGUAAAAAUAGUCAACAUAAAUAGUCAAUAGUAUACAUGAGUUUAAAGGAUGUUGACAGUGAAAUGAACAAAUUGUCCACAAAUGCUUGACUCUCUUGAUUUUACAAUAAAAAAUAUUACUAUGUUUCGAUUGUAGAUGUUAUAAUAACCAUUAGUUAUUGAAUCAUAUUGCAAUAUAUGUAGAGUUACAUACAUAGACCAGCUCUUACCGUAAAAAGAAAGAAAAUAUCUGUAUGGUACAGACAGCGGUGAAGUAGAUUUCUCCUUUUCCCUCUCAUAUAGUUUUCAUUACUCGAGUCAAGAGUUAAGUGGGGGAAGAGUAGAUUUAGUCCAUCGUUUAUGUAUGUACUAUAUAUAUUGCCACGCUCCCUCUUAUGAUAGAGACCGAUCUAUGUAUAUAAGUCUAUGGAUGUAUAUGAAUAAUUUUUUAUAAUUUUCUAGUAACAUAUGAAAUAAGGACAGUGAAGUGGUUAUGGACAAAAUGAUUCGAAAACGGCAUUCGCAAUUUUACUCGAAAACACAUUUUCACCGACUAGUACAAAAAAAUGUAUCUUCAUCAAUGAUAAGAAUUUAUGAACGUCUUCGUCAACAACCUAAUACUGAUCAUGAAGAAACAUCUUCAACAGUUUUACAGCCUUCUAACAACACUACUGCAAAUAUUAUUCCUCAAGAUUAUUUAUAUGAUUGUGUUGAUGACAAACAAUUACAUACAAUACAUGUCUUUAACGAUAUUUCGCAUAGAUAUAAUGAAAAUAGAUCUCGUCGUUUUGAGAAUGAUAUUUCUAAUUGUGCAGGUAAAGGAAGUGGAUCACAUGAAAACAUAAUACCUAUAAAUAAUGAAACAGUAGAUGAUGAAGUGGCAAGUAGUAUAAUGAAAGUAGAACAUGAAUUUGUUGAUUCAACAAAAUUUAUUACAAUUAAUAAUAACAGUACAUUUAUAUCUGACAUAAAGAAUUGGGCUUUACAAUUUUCAAUUAAACAUAAUGCACUCAACAAUUUAUUAUCCAUUUUGCGAAAUAAUACAAAUACAUCGUUUCCUGCAGACGCUAGAACAUUGCUCGAAACGCCAAGAUCUACUGAAAUAUUUGUAGUUGCAGGAGGAGAGUAUUACCAUUAUGGUUUGAAAAAUGUGAUUAUAAACAUAAUUAAAAAUCGCAUUUAUUCAAAACAUAAUGGUACUUUAAUCAAAUUAUUGAUAAGUACCGAUGGUGCGACUUUAGGUACAUCCUCAGGAAAAAAUAUAUGGCCCAUUUUAUGUUCGGACACUGAUUCACGAGAUGUACAUAUAAUCGGUAUAUACUACGGGGAGAGAAAACCAAACAACGCUAACGAUUUUCUUCAAAUGUUCGUUGAUGAAGCUAUUACUGUCGUUCAGAACAGCGUUGAAUAUAAACAUAAACAAUAUAAGAUUGAUUAUUUGAAAACUUUGGGAGGAAGAGACGAUCACGAUCGUGUUAAGAAGAUAAUGAAAAAAAUUAUUACUAACGAAUUUGCUAUGGGAUUUAAUUUUACUGGUUUUAAAAACAAGAAGUCUUUUGAAGAAUUGCAGAUUGCUCAAUGUAUUAUACAUAUAAUAACAACAACGACCAAAAAUAACACAACAACAAAAGAGAUAUCCGAAUGGAUCAGCAAAUGGCUUGCUGGAGCUAAGCAGCGUUUCGAUAGAGAAAUAUAAAACACUACGAAGAACGAUUUUGAAUAAUAUUUGAAUAUUUUUUGUCUCAAAAUGUCUCUUUAUAUUAAAACCUCAUUGUACCUUUUA